UUUUUUUUUCCCGGGGUGUUGGUUGCCUUUUCUGUUGUUUGGUUUGUUUUGCAACUCGACUUUUAUUUGUGAACAGUUAUUUGCAGUCCCCAAACCCCCUUCCUUCGUUCCCAAUUCCUUCCCCCCUCCUUGCCACCUCCACGUCGCUGAUGCCUCUGCAAAAAGCAGAGUCAAGACGGCUCAGUUAGCAGCAUGUCUCGUCGAAAGCAGGCGAAACCCCAGCAUCUCAAAUCGGACGAAGAGCUGCAAGCAGAGGUAGUUUCUGAGCACGCAGUCCCGGGAGAAGGAGCAGAUGAUGGUGAUAGCGGGAACGAGAGCAGGAGCGGAAGCGAAGAAACCAACAUCUGUGAGAAGUGCUGCGCUGAGUUCUUCAAGUGGACAGACUUCCUGGAGCACAAGAAGAGCUGCACUAAAAACCCCCUGGUGCUGAUUGUCAAUGAAGAUGAACCAGCUCCACCCCCCACUGAGGAAUUCCCUGAUCCCUCACCCGCGAGCUCUCCCAGUGACCAGGCAGAGAGUGAAGCUGCUGAAGAAGGCGUCCAGGCAGAAAACAAUGACGGCUCUGAGGUAAAAAACACAGAAAAGGAAGAAGAGCCAAUGGAGGUAGAAACUUCUGCAGAGAAAAAUUUCCAGAAUCAAGGCACCUCAAACACAGCUACUCCUCUACCUCAGAUCCCUGAACCAUCUUCCAUGACAAGCUACAAUAUGCCAAACACCAAUGUCACGCUAGAGACUCUGCUGAGCACAAAAGUGGCAGUCGCACAGUUCUCACAGAGUGCACGGGCCUCUGCUUCCACGAGCAUCAGCAGUGGGGUGACGGCUGUGGCCAUCCCCAUGAUUCUGGAGCAGCUCAUGGCCCUGCAGCAGCAGCAGAUUCACCAGCUCCAGCUGAUCGAGCAGAUUCGCAGUCAGGUGGCAAUGAUGAACCGCCAGCCCCUGCGACCAUCCCUCAACCAGAUCGUGGCUGCACAGGGUGGUCCUGGGCACGCCUCCAACCAGCUGCAAGGGUUUGCCACCAGCGCCGCCGUCCAGCUCACUGCAGUCAUUCCUUCCGCCAUCGUGGGGCAGGCCACCAGUGGUCAGCCCACCAUCUUUGACGGCUCUCAGCACAUCUCAAGACCCACAUCUGGAACAAGUACACCCAAUAUAUCCAGCAGUGGCUCUUCUGCCCUGCCUGAAUCAGGUGUACCUUCCUCCUCAAACGCGAUUACGUCCAUAACUCCUGUUUCUGUGUCAAAUGCUCCUAACAGUGCUUCGCAGCCCCAGAAUGCUUCGACUCCACCUUCAAUCGGACAUGGAAGCCUCACCUCAGUAUCCAGCCUGCCAAACCCACUUCUACCUCAGACUUCAUCAAACAGCGUGAUCUUCCCCAAUCCGCUGGUUAGCAUCGCUGCAACUGCUAACGCACUCGAUCCUUUGUCCGCCCUUAUGAAGCACCGCAAAGGAAAGCCACCAAAUGUGUCAGUGUUUGAACCCAAGUCAAGCUCUGAGGAUCCCUUUUUUAAACAUAAAUGCCGAUUUUGUGCCAAGGUCUUUGGAAGUGACAGUGCUUUACAGAUUCACCUCCGCUCGCAUACAGGUGAAAGACCUUUUAAGUGUAACAUAUGUGGAAACCGCUUUUCCACAAAGGGCAACCUGAAAGUUCAUUUUCAGAGGCAUAAAGAGAAAUACCCUCACAUUCAGAUGAACCCUUAUCCUGUUCCAGAAUACCUCGAUAAUGUGCCCACCUGCUCUGGAAUCCCAUAUGGGAUGUCACUGCCCCCUGAAAAGCCGGUCACAACGUGGUUAGACAGUAAACCUGUUUUACCAACUGUCCCGACUUCCAUCGGGCUCCAGCUGCCCCCCACUAUACCUGGUGUGAACAGUUAUGGAGACUCUCCAAGUAUCACUCCUAUGAGCAGGUCACCCCAGAGGCCUUCUCCUGCCUCCAGUGAAUGCACUUCUCUGUCCCCGAGCCUCAACACUUCUGAGUCAGGUGUUCCGGCAUCUGCUGAAUCCCCACAGCCCGUUCAGAGUGGCUCAUCUCUGACAAAGGCAGAACCUGUCACUCUGCCUCCCACGAGCACACGGCUUGGGGAUCUUUCUGCAGGUGGGCAAGUUUCUGCGGCUGCCACGUCUUCAAUUCCUACGGUGGUUACAGACAGCAGUGUUGCAACAAGCCUCCCAAACCCUGUUCUUCCAGCAGUGUCUGACCAGUUUAAGGCAAAGUUUCCAUUUGGUGGUCUGCUAGACUCUAUGCAAACAUCAGAAACCUCAAAACUACAACAGCUAGUGGAGAACAUUGAUAAGAAGAUGACAGAUCCAAAUCAAUGUGUCAUUUGUCACCGUGUGCUUAGUUGUCAGAGUGCUCUCAAGAUGCAUUACAGAACACAUACAGGAGAAAGACCAUUUAAAUGCAAAAUUUGUGGACGUGCCUUUACUACAAAAGGCAAUCUAAAAACACAUUUUGGAGUUCAUCGAGCAAAGCCACCACUUAGAGUACAGCACUCGUGUCCCAUUUGUCAGAAGAAAUUUACAAACGCAGUUGUUCUUCAGCAGCACAUUCGUAUGCAUAUGGGUGGACAAAUUCCGAACACACCGCUGCCAGAGGGCUUCCAGGAUGCCAUGGACUCAGAGCUUUCCUAUGAUGAGAAGAAUGUCGACACACUGAGCAACUUCGAUGAUGACAUUGAUGAAAAUUCUAUGGAAGAGGACCCAGAACUAAAGGACACGGCAAGUGAUUCAUCCAAACCCCUUAUCUCUUACUCUGGGUCAUGUCCUUCUUCACCACCUUCUGUGAUCUCCAGUAUUGCUGCUUUGGAGAAUCAAAUGAAAAUGAUUGAUUCUGUCAUGAACUGUCAGCAGCUGACCAGUUUAAAAUCCAUAGAAAAUGGAUCAGGGGAAAGUGACCAUUUGAGCAAUGACUCCUCAUCAGCUGUUGGUGAUCUUGAAAGCCAGAGUGCAGGCAGCCCUGCAAUGUCAGAGUCUUCUUCCUCCAUGCAAGCUUUGUCUCCUGUGAAUAGCAAUAGUGAAAGUUUCAGAUCAAAGUCCCCCGGUCUCAGUAACCAGGAAGAGCCACAAGAAAUACAAUUAAAGACAGAAAAACCAGACAGUCCGCCACCCACAACUGAAAAUGGAGGCGCAUUAGACCUGACAUCCACCAACCCGGGAAGACCGGUCAUCAAAGAGGAGGCUCCUUUUAGUCUGCUGUUCCUGAACAGAGAACGUGGUCCCAGCCAAAGUACUCCUAGCCUGGUCACCAGUACAGCACCUACCAUGAUCAAAAUGGAAGUGAAUGGUCACAGCAAGCCGAUCUCUUUGGGUGAGGUUCCCUCGCUUCCAGCUGGAAUCCAGGUUCCUGCUGCACCACAGACAGUGAUGAGUCCGGGGAUCACCCCUAUGCUGGCACCCCCCCCUCGCCGGACUCCCAAGCAGCACAACUGUCAGUCGUGCGGGAAGACCUUCUCCUCAGCAAGUGCACUGCAGAUACACGAGCGCACCCAUACCGGUGAAAAACCGUUUGGUUGCACAAUCUGUGGUAGAGCUUUUACCACAAAGGGGAAUCUUAAGGUUCACAUGGGGACUCACAUGUGGAAUAACGCCCCUGCACGCCGUGGCAGACGCCUCUCUGUGGAAAACCCCAUGGCUUUGCUCGGUGGCGAUGCUCUCAAGUUCUCUGAGAUGUUCCAGAAGGAUUUGGCAGCUCGGGCCAUGAAUGUUGACCCCAAUUUUUGGAACCAAUAUGCUGCAGCUAUCACUAAUGGACUUGCUAUGAAGAACAAUGAGAUUUCUGUCAUACAGAAUGGAGGCAUUCCUCAGCUCCCAGUAAGUUUAGGUGGAGGCGCCAUCCCGCCUCUAAGUAACCUUACCGGUGGCAUGGACAAAGCUCGCACAGGCAGCAGUCCUCCCAUUGUCAGUCUGGACAAAGCAAGUUCUGAGACGGGAGCCAGUCGUCCAUUCACCAGAUUUAUUGAGGAUAAUAAAGAGAUUGGCAUAAAUUAAAAGCAUUCAUUUCUGAAUAACUGUUGGACCUCUACUCGACACAACACUUGUCCUGUUCUAUGUACAGCUUUUGAAGCUAAGCAUUAGUUUCCUGACCUAAAUGCAUAGGUUCCCUUUAAAAUUUUACCCAUAGCAGAAAUACAUAACUUUGUGGCUGCUGAAAAGUUGUCUUGCAAGAUCUGCAUGGUACUUCUUUCAACAGUGAGUUUGACUGUUACUGAGAACUUUGAAACCUUUUAAUUUAACAGAAACAAACAAACCAACCAACCAGUCAUGGGAUAACUUCAUUAGAAACAGAAAGAGGCUAGUCUACAUUCACUUUGCUUCUUACAAAACUUACUAUCACCUGAGAAAGGGGGGCUACAUUAUGGCAUUCUGUCACACUUAUUUACUGGUUUUGUUCAAAUUAGUUAGCAACUUGGACUAUGUUUUUAGGAAUCUUAAUCUUAAAUAAGUGAUUUAGUACCCCAAUGCUGUGUAUUAUUACAGUAUCCUUGUCUGUAGUAUUUAUAAUGUUAAGAUUAUGCGGGUAACAGACAAUAUACUAGCCCCAAACUUAAAUGAAGCUUUUGUACUGCAAAAUACAUCUGGCUAUGUGAUUUUUCUUAUUUCUUUUUCCUUUUUUUUUUUUUAAGCAAGUUUUGUUUUACUAUGAAUAAGUGGUUUAUUUCAAUGCAGGCACAAUUGUGAAGUUUUAUUGGGAAAGAUAGCAUGCUUUUCAUGUGCAAGUACCUGUCAGUAACAAACCUUUUUUAUUUAAAUAUUUGUAGCUGCUAUGUGGACAGUUGUUCUAUUAAAUGAAAAAAAAAAUGUAGUGUGGAUUUUAGCUCAAUGAUUGGAAAACAAGUUACAGACAAACCUUAGCAGCAUAAAUUAUUCACAACAUUAUAAACAGUUGUGAGUAAAUACUCCGUGUUAUCAAAGCUGUACAAUAAAAAGGUAAUGUUUGUAUAAUGUGGUUGCAAACUCUUAAUUUAUACUAUUGCACUUUUAGUAUUUUGUAUUAGGGAGGUUUGUCUAUAAUUUGAAACUGAACAAAGAUGUCAACUAUUUUAUAAAUAGUACUUUGACUUAAGGAAUAAGGAGGAGGACCCUGUUGCAGUUUCUUGUUUUGUUUUAUGCUCAAACAAUGAGAGAUCUCUAUCAACUAAGCAGAAAAUUGCAGAGAACUGUCAGAUCCUUAGGAAAUACGGGGACUGCCAUUUCUUAAACAGAAAUGAUUCAUUUAACUUUUUUACAACACCCACUUAAAAGCGUGACCACCCCUGACAGAAUUCUGAUACAUUUAUCUUAGGAGUGUGAUAUUAAUACAAGCCUAGGAUAGAGGAAGGAGAACAUCAUGUAGGUUUAAUUUUCCUGUAAUCUGUUCUGUCUCUUUCACACACAACCAUAAGAAAGAUGUUGACUGCCUAAUAAUAGUGGGAACAUAGAAGAACUUCUGGGCAGCAUGAGCAGUAGUAACACACAAAUGCUCUGUGUUUAUUUCCAACCGUCUGAUUAUCUUUUCAGAUUGCUCCAAAGCACAAUGUAUUCUGAUUAAUCAAAUAUAAUUUUAUGUUGAUUGCAUUGUUGGAAUUAUGCUGAGUAAACAAAGGGAAUGGUUCCACUCAUAAGUUAAGCGGGGAAUGCUGAGGAGACUGGGGCUUAAUCAAAACUUGAACAGUAAAUGUUUUGUGUACUACCUCAUUUUUGUGCAUUACAAGCAUGGUGGAGUUGACACUCUGAACUUCCGUCCAGCAGAAUUGCUUGAGGGACAUUAUGGGUAGCUGGGUAACAGCUCAAGGAGUUUUAUGCCCCUGAAGAACGAAUCAGACAGUGAGGUCUUCUCAGUUGAGACUGAAAAAUAGGACAAUCUUUCUUAUAAAACAGAAACUAUUACUGUAAGAGGAUGGACUAUUUCUGCCAUCACGUAAUGGAGUGAAAAGAGGUUCAAAGACUUAUUAGCUGUCUGUUUCUAUUGGAAAUGAACAAUGAACUCUACAGCUCCAUUUUCUACAAUGAUGAGAUAGAGAUAUAUAGAUAUAAAUAUAUAUCUAUAUCUGAGCAAAAUUAUAUAUCUGUAACACCUCUACAAUAUAACAUAAUUUUUUGCCACAGUGUGUGGGUGGUUAGGGGUGUUUCCAAGCAUUAAAGAAAAAGAAAACUGAGGUGGCUUAAUGUUGCUGUA